UGCUUCCAGCCGCCUGCUUCCGCAGCUGCCGCCUGCGGCUUUGUUUUCCUCCCAGGUUUCAUUGCCCACACGUGAUACUGUGUUAUUGCAAAGAGCGCUUCCGAGCGCGAGCGCGGGGCGCGCGCUCCUAUAAAUACGGACGCCAGGGGCCGGGAGCCGGCAAAGGAAGGAUUUGCAGCUGGUCGAUCAAACGAUCGGCGGGAGGACCCACGGACGGACAGCCAGCCAGCUGCACGCACGCGUGGCCCGGGCGGUGCCCCGGCCCAGGCCGCAAGGGGCGAGCAUGGCCAGCCCGCGGGGGGGCUGGGCCGCUGCGCACGCCCCGCGCCUUGCCCAGCCCGGGUCGCCGCCGUUCGCGCCUGCAGCUUAGCACUCGGCGCUGCUCGCUUCUCGGGGUAUCGCCGAAAGAUCGCUGCAGACGGACACAAUGGCGGCGGCUGCAGCCACCACGGCCGCCCGCAGCAGCAGCGGAGCCGGCACCGACGCCGCGGGCAGCGGAUUGCAGCAGCCGCAGCCCCGGCCCGCGGCCCAGCCGCCGCCGCCCGAGCCCCCUAGGAAGCCGCGCAUGGACCCGCGGCGCCGCCAGGCUGCCCUGUCCUUCCUCACCAACAUCUCGCUAGACGGUCGGCCGCCGCUGCAGGACGAGGAGUGGGGCGGCGGCGAGGAGAGCGGCGCCAGGACUCGGCUCAGCCUGAUUGCCACUGCCGAGCGGGGAGGCUGCAGCGCGCUCGCGGCGGCGGGCACCGCCGGCUCGGGUCCCUGCGCCCCGCAGUUCGCGCCGCUGACGCGCUUGCCCCCUGGCGCGCACCCGACAGGGCCCGGCCCCGGGGCGGCCCGGGGCUUCGUGAGCCCACUGGGUGCGGGCCGGGCAUUGGGGGAGCAGCCGCAAUCCCCAAGGCCCGCGUCUCUCUCCUCCUUUGCCCCGCCUCAUUCGCCCGAUGGGCCCCGGGGCGCCGAGCAGGAAGGGUCGGAGGAGGACGAUGCCUUUACCAGCGUGCAGGUGCCGGCGGCCGCUUUCUUGGUCUCCGGGACCCCCGGCAGUGGGAGCGGCAGCCGGGGCCGCCUCAACUCGUUCACUCAGGGAAUCCUGCCCAUUGCUUUCUCCAGGCAGACCUCGCAAAACUACUGCCCCUUGGAGCAGCCAGGCCAGGGAGGUAGCACCGGCGCCUUGGAGCAGCUGCAGAGGUCGCGACGUCGCCUCAUCUCCCAGAGGUCCUCCUUAGAGACACUGGAAGACAUCGAAGAGAAUGCCCCCCUGCGGAGAUGUCGGACUCUCUCAGGUUCGCCCAGACCAAAGAGCUUUAAGAAGAUUCAUUUUAUCAAGAACAUGCGGCAGCACGACACCAGGAACGGCAGAAUAGUCCUUAUCAGUGGCAGAAGAUCCUUCUGUAGCAUAUUUUCAGUGCUGCCGUAUCGCGACAGUACCCAAGCCGGGGAUUUGAAGUUGGAUGGAGGGAGACAGUCAGCAGGCGCCGUGAGCUUGAAAGAGAUCAUUGGCCUCGAAGGCGUGGAGCUAGGCGCCGAUGGGAAGACCGUUUCUUAUACCCAAUUUCUGUUACCCACAAAUGCCUUCGGAGCCCGGAGAAAUACCGUAGACUCCAUCUCCUCCUUCUCCCAGCUCCGAAACCUGAGCCACCGCAGCCUCUCCCUAGGACGGGCAAGCAGCACCCAGGGGAGCCUCGACACAGGUAGUAGCCUGGGAGACUUUAUGGACUAUGAUCCAAAUCUGCUGGAUGAUCCCCAGUGGCCUUGUGGCAAACACAAACGUGUUCUCAUCUUCCCUUCGUACAUGACCACAGUAAUUGACUACGUGAAGCCAUCAGACCUCAAGAAGGACAUGAACGAGACCUUCAAGGAGAAGUUCCCUCACAUUAAGCUGACGCUCAGCAAAAUAAGGAGUCUGAAGCGGGAGAUGCGGAAGCUUGCCCAAGAGGACUGUGGCUUUGAGGAGCCCACCGUGGCCAUGGCCUUCGUCUACUUUGAGAAGCUCGCCCUCAAGGGAAAGCUCAACAAGCAGAACCGGAAGCUUUGUGCUGGAGCCUGCGUGCUGUUAGCAGCCAAAAUUGGAAGUGACCUCAAAAAACACGAAGUCAAGCAUCUAAUUGACAAACUGGAAGAGAAGUUCCGGCUGAACAGACGAGAACUGAUUGCCUUUGAAUUCCCAGUGUUGGUGGCCUUGGAGUUCGCCCUUCAUUUGCCAGAACAUGAAGUCAUGCCCCACUAUAGACGCCUGGUCCAGAACUCCUAGCACAGGCCCCCAGGGAGGGGCCAGGACGUUGCCUCUGAGCCCUGAGGGGCAGCACGUACCACUGGAAACGCGAAAGUAGAACUCAAAACACCAAACUCGCUUUUCCCUCUCAACAGGUUUUCUGUGUAGAAGCAGCACCGGGAACUUUUCAGGGAGUCUUCAUUCGGGUUAGCUGAGCUGAACUAUCAGCAGGGGAAGGAGGGAGAAGCGUGCUGGAGCCAAAGGAAGAAAGCAGAGCUCCAUUUCCGCUCUCCAUGAGCACAAAUUCUUAGCUGCCCCUUUCCUAUCUUCCUCCAAGAACUUCUCCAGCCCGUUCCGACUCAGAACACAAAGUGGUAGAGUAAAGUGGGAGGGAGCUGGGGGAAAGCUUUCAAAAGAUACCUUCACUGUGUCAAAAAGAGUGUGCCAAUCGAUUUUUGCAUCAGCUCUUGGAAGGACAUGUUCCCGUGGGGUGUGCGGCUGCGUGUGUGUGUGUGACGGGGAGGGGGUACUGCCUCAGUCCCAGCCCCCCAAAGCCAUUCCCACCCUUUAUGGAGCAGCCUGAACCUGGGGUCCUGAGCCAGGCUGACCUUUAGCAGUUCUUUCUAGAUGAGUUCUGGUGGAUAAUCUCUCUCUCUGUACCAGACUGUUGGAUACCCCCUACCCCGUAGAAAAUGGCAUUGUUUCUGCUACUGCUACUAUGACCCACAGGACAAAGAAAACAAGUGUUCACUAUUGGAUCCAGUUGUGUGGCAGAGGCGCUGAGUGGGACCCGCCCUGUCCCUGUGCAUAGAUUAACUUUUGCACUUUUCCCCACUGCGGAGGUGGCUGGGGUGCACUCCAUGGUGGAUAUAGCGUGCUCUAUGUUAGAGUGCAUAAUAAGCACAUUUAUUGUGCUAGAUGUAAAAAAAUUUUAUAAAAAUCAAGAGUAGGGACAACAUAAUGUGAUUGGUGUUUCUAGGCUUUUGACAGCUGACACCAACUGCGUUUUGAGCUGAAGUUGAGUUGGUUAAGGAAGCAGUGAUCCUUAGACUGCCACACAGCCGGGGCUGCUCGUGCAGAACUUUAAGCAUUCGGUUCCAGUGGUGGCUGUGAUUUGUGCUGACUCAGUGGGACGCUUCACCAUGCCACUGCCUCCUGGCAGCUCCCGAGAGGGGCCAGCGGAGACCUACCUGCUGGAGGAAGCCGCUUGUGGCUGUGUAAAAAAGAAUUAAAAUGCUUUAUUGUUUCGUA